CUUUCCCAGUUCACACCCUACAUAUUUCCAAUUUACGUCGAAUUUCAAAUCAGUCAUGCCCCUCACAACAAGCCAGAAGAAGAGAAAAGUCCUUGAGGGACUCCAGGGCAAAACUGGCCGUCCGAACAAAAAAUUCAGGAAGCAGCGCGAGUACCACAGCAGCUCGGACGAGGCCGACGAUGAGCCCACCGAUUUCAAAGCAGUCAAUCUGGCAGAUUCCGAUGAGGAGGAGGAGGAGGAGGAGGAGGUAGAGGUGAAGCCGAAGAAGGUGCAGAAAAUCCAAGUCACCAAGGCUGUUGCGGAAAGCGAUGACGACGAGGAGGAGGAAAAUGGAUCGGACUCUUCUGUCUCAUCCGAUGCAGACGACGACGAGUAUGAUAUCGAUUCCGACGAUUCUUCACCGACUACAACAACAGGUCAGAGGACAGUCUCGAAAAGAAACGACCCUUCUGCUUUCUCGACCUCUAUUUCGAAAAUUCUUGCUACGAAAUUACCGACCUCUGCCCGUGCGGACCCUGUGUUGUCGCGCAGUAAGGUGGCUACGCAGACCACUGCUGAGCUCGCGGAUGAGAAGUUAGACCACCAGGCUCGGGCUAAGCUACGUGCAGAGAAGAAGGAGGAGCUAGAUCGGGGUCGGGUUCGUGACGUUCGUGGAAUCGCGACCGGACAGGCGGGUGCCGUGGCGGAAGAGGAGAAGCGACUGCGCAAGAUUGCUCAGCGCGGUGUGGUGAAAUUGUUCAAUGCUGUCCGCGCGGCGCAGGUUCGCGGUGAGGAAGCCGCGAAAGAGGAAAGGAAGAAGGGCACAAUCGGAAUCGGCGAGCGAGAAAAGGCCGUCAACCAGGUCAGCAAGCAGGGAUUUUUGGAAUUAAUCAACGGCAAGAAGGGGAAGCCGCUGAACAUCGAAGAGGCUUGAUUGUUUUUGUUUUUUUUUUUUUCUUCCUAUCAACUUGUGCACAGGAUUGGAACAUAUCCCCGGCGUUUCAAGGUAUCAUUGGAGUCAAAAGUUAUGUACAGUUAGCUUACUAGAUCGGUUUCCUGCCAACAAAUGAAUGGAGAUCGCGAAUACCCAAUAAUGCACUAUGUCUAUGAUAUUUGCAACCCCAUUGCUCAUUGGCAGUUGCCUGUGCACAGUAAU